AUGGGUUUGAGAUGGGAUGUGCCAGCAGGUCGUAGACUAGAAAUUGUCAAGCAGCGCCUAAACACAGCACAUGAUAAGGGCUGUAUAAUUCAAGAAUUCCACUAUUUUACUGGGUCACAUGACGAUUCCAGCAUUCCACUGGUCAGAUUAUCUAAUCUUUGCUAUUUCACUCGUCUGCUAUUCGCUUAUCGGGAUAUAUCAUCGAUACAAUGA